AUGGACAUCAGACACACCGGAAGUGGACUUCAAACACACGGGAAGCAGACAACAGACAUACCAGAAGGGGACUUCAGACACACCGGAAGGGGACAUCAGGCACACCAGAAGGGGACUUCAGACACACCGGAAGAGGACAUCAGGCACACCAGAAGUGGACUUCAGACACACCGGAAGCAGACAACAGACACACCAGAAGUGGACUUCAGACACACCGGAAGGGGACAUCAGGCACACUGGAAAUGGACAUCAGACACACCAGAAGUGGACUUCAGACACACCGGAAGCAGACAACAGACACACCAGAAGUGGACUUCAGACACACCGGAAGGGGACAUCAGGCACACUGGAAAUGGACAUCAGACACACCAGAAGUGGACAACAGACACACCAGAAGGGGAUAUCAGGCACACCGGAAGCGGACAUAAGGCACACCGUAAAUGGGCAUCAGAAACACCGGAAGUGGACUUCAGGCACACAAGAAGUGGACUUCAUACACACCGGAAGCGGAUAACAGACACACCGGAAGCGGACAUAAGGCACACCGGAAAUGGACAUCAGACACACCGGAAGUGGACUUCAGGAACACAAGAAGUGGACUUCAUACACACCGGAAGCGGACAACAGACACACCAGAAGUGGACUUAA